AUGGCUAACGACCAUCCCUACUCGGCGGCUUCCGGGCAGUGUCCUGCCCCUGAGGAACGGCGCCUGUGGUCUGAGGAGACUGAAGAGAUGGCCGACUCUGCCGAACUUGACCCUGGCCUUUGUUCGGAGGACCACGUGGCCAGCGCUAGCAAGCGGCUCAAGCCGGAUAAUCCUGGCUGCCUCUCCCCCACUGCCUCUCCUGUUAAAGCUGCCACCGCACCCAUGGAGGGUGUGCAGUCUGGUAGCUCUGAAACUGUCCUGGUCGACGGUGAGGUGCCCCUGGAGGACACGCACCCAGCCGCGGCCCCGCGCCAACCCACCCGCCGCCGCCUAGACUUCCCCGCCGAGGCCGGGCUGACACCAGCCCAGCAAUACACGUGGUUUGCAUCUCUACUGAAGCAGCACGGUGAGUUGGAGCCGCUCUUCAAGGAGGGUAGGCUCCGACCUUAUCUCACGGUCAGGGACGACGUCGCCUUCUACAAGCGGCUCCUCACUGAGGGGUUCCUCGACGUAGUUUUGGUCGAAAAUGCAGCGGAGCGGCAGCACACUGUCAUCAUCCACAAUGUGCCGCUCUACAUGAAUGCCAACCUCAUUGAGACCCCAGACAACUUUCUGUGGUUAAAGCGCAGGUAUACGGGCACGGCCCCUCGCCCGCAGCUUCUUGGAGCAGUGGUUGGCCACGUCCCGACAGAGGUGCACCUCCUCGGGGUGGGUCGUAAGGCUGUGGAGCCCUACACGGCGGAGCCCGACAUCUGUCGCCACUGUUGCCGGUGGGGCCAUCAGGAGUGGCGCUGCAGAUCGGCCCCUCGCCUAAACCAUCUCGGGUCGCGGCGCCUGACCACCACCCUCAGCAAGGCCGCCCUAGGGUUGUGUUCCGCCCUGCUCCUCUCCCUCAGUCCUCGGCCUGGGCCCGGGGGGCUCCCACAACGUCCGAGUUUCCGCCCCUGCCGGGCUCGUCCGCCCCUGCUGCCCCAGCCUCACCCACUGCCACCCCUGUGCCUCUCCAGGCUCCUGCUCCGGCACCCCAGCCACAGCCUACCGUCCCCCUGUGCCGGCUGCCAGUCCCCCGCUGUCGAUGGGUCGACCCCUGUCCUCCAUCAAAUCCUCGCUGCAGUCACCCAGCUGCAGGAGACGCUGGCUGCAACGAUCUCCAGGGUGGCGGCCUUGGAGCAGCGAGUCUCCACGCCCCCGCCUGUGCGUGAGCUCUCCUCCAUCCCGGCCCCUGCUCCAGCUUCAGCCCCGUGCCCUGCCCUGCCGUCUGCUGGUGAGGCCAUGGACGCCGAUAGUGGGGCCAGUGUGGUUCCCCCUGCGGGCCAGAUGCAGAACACCCCUGCAACCCCACCGGCUGUGGUGACUGCAGCUGCCGAGGGAACGGCCGAACCUCGCCAUGGCCAGACGGGUCCUUCACCUUCACCCGCUGAUCCUCCACUGCAGUGGGAGGCCACACUCCAGGUGCUGCUGGCGCAGUUUGCUUCCCUGACUCAGCAGGUGGCUGAGCUCCAUCAUCGGAUCACCCCACUCCUUGACCGGCAACCACCCCCUCCUGACCAGUGUUUGCUGAGUGACCACUUUGCCCUGGAGACGACCAUCCCGAUCCAGCCUGCCCCUGCUGUGUCCCGGAAGCGGUUGGCUGUCCCUGCUGCCCGGAUGCCGCGCCUCGUUGCCGAAGUCGGGGUGUGGUACCAUACUGUGAAGAGAUCCUUUACCGACGCCGCCUCGCUGUACCACGGCCUGCUGGACACCGUCGAGAGUUUUGUUGCAGCUGGCAGGGCCCCUCCAAGGCCCGCCAAGCGCCGCCUGCAGACCUACGCCUCGGACCCGGCUGUCUCCAACUGUCAGCGGACCCUUGCCUCGUACCAGCGGCGCUGGCAGCAGGACCCCGCCGAUCGGGCUGCCCGCGAUGCCAUGGUCGCUGUGGCGCGCCACCUCACUGAACUCAGACAAGAGGCCCGGUCACGACACUGGGUCGCCUUCCUUGCCAGCGUGCGCAAGACCCGCUCCCUGCGGGAGGUUUGGCACCAUGUCAACAGGGUGAGAGGGAGGACCAAACGGCUGGUGAGUGACCCUGACCCUGCGGGCCGGGCCCAGGACCUGAUGCGCCAGUGGCAGAGGGCCUCCUCCCUUGGUGGUCUCCCUGCACAACACCAGGCCGACCUUGCCCGCCACAGGGAGCGGCGGAUGGCCCUCGUUCAGCACCACGUCACACUUCUGGAUGACACAUGUGUCCCCAUUACCCACGAUGAACUCCUUCUUUCCGUCAAACAUGGCAAGUCGACAGCCCCGGGCCACGACGGGUUGACUUACGACAUUCUUAAUGCCUUACUCGUUGUGCAAGGCGACAACCCCUGCUUGACCUGUUCAACAUGUCGUUUGCCGCUGGUUGCCUCCCCCCUCCGUGGAAAGCUGCAUUGA